CCCACUUUCAUUUUCACUCUUGGCACCUCAGCUGGGUCCUGCUGGGCCGAGCACCCCGGACCUGAACCCGGACCCCCACCACAUCUCCCCGCCCGGCUGGGGGCUCCUGCCCCGCCCUGCUCCCGGACGCCUGGGUCCUGCUGGGCCGAGCUCCCGCACCUCCUCCCCCCGCCCGGCUGGGGCCUCCUGCCCCGCCCUGCUCCCGGACGCCUGGGUCCCUGAUCGCUGCCGUGGGGAUGGGGCCCCGGAAACACCUGCUGCUGGUGUGGCUGGUGCUGUGGUUCCUACUCGGCCUGGCUGAGCCAGCCCCCGAGGGGCCCCACAGCCUGGCCUACCACUACGUGGGCACCUACGAUGCCUCGGGGCUGCUGGAGUUCGGGGCGGCCGGGCUGCUGGACGGGGCCCCCCUCGACGGCUACGACCGGGCCGCCCGCGCCAAGGUGCCGGCCCAGCCCUGGGUGGGGGAGGGGCUGGGCCCCGAGUACUGGCGCCAGGGGGGGGCCUCGCGGGCCGCCAAGGAGGCCUGGUUCCGGCGCAACGUGGAGACCCUCAAACGGAGAAGCAACGAGACGCUGGGCCGCCACACGCUGCAGUGGGCGCUGGGCUGCGAGCGGGAGCCCGGGGGGCUGGUCCGCGGCUGGUACCAGUUCGGCUACGACGGGCAGGACCUGGUGGUGUUCGACCGGGGGAACCGGCGCUGGCUGGCGGCGCUGCCCUGGGCCGAGGCCACGCGGCGCCGCUGGGACGCGCAGCCCGAGUUCGGGGAGCGGCUGCACCGGUACCUGGGGGACACCUGCCCGGAGUGGCUGGGCCGCUUCCUGCGCAGCCGGCGCGCCUGGGCCAGGAGGGCAGCUGCCCCCCAGCUGCAGGCCUGGUCCCGCCCAACCCCCGGGCACCCGGGCUGGCUGACUCUGGGGUGCCAGGCCUGGGGGUUCCCCACGCGGGACAUCGAGGUGUCCUGGCUGCGGGGGAACACGACGCUGCCGGGGGCCGAGGCGGGCCCGGGGCUGCCCAGCGGGGACGGGUGCUACCAACGCCAGAGCCGCCUGCGGGUGCCCGAGGGCGAGGCCCAGGGGGUGCGGUGCCAGGGCAGGCACGGGGACCUGGAGACGCCGCUGGAGACUGCGUGGGCCCCCAGGAGCCCGUUGUACCGAGUGGGCGUCUCCCCCGGGACCGUGGCCGGGGCGACUCUGGGGGCGCUGGGGGGCCUGGCUGGCCUGGCGGGGGCGCUGCUGCUGUGCAGGAGGCGAGCUCGCUGGAAGCUGGGACAGUCCCGACUGGGCCUGGCCUCAGAGGAAGAGGUGCCCGAAGACAGCUGAUCCCAUGGGUCUGGCCGGAUUUUCCACCCGGACACCUGGGUUCCUGGCCACCCAAGGCUGGACACGUGAACUGAGUCGGAAACGUCGCCUGGCCCUUGAGAACCUGGGGGCCCCACUGAUUGUCAAUUGAUUUCUGCCCCCAGCCCUGCUGCCCCCGGUUCACUGUCCCCCCCCGCGCCCCCCACCCAGGGCCGCACGCCCAGGCAGGGAGCGAAGGGCCGUGGGAAAUGGCCCCUUUCCCUCGCUGGCCGUGCAGCGCCGAGCACCCGAGGCCGGGCCACUGCUGCAAUAUGGAUCAUAAAGAACCGUUGUAAUCGUCA